AUGCCUGCUGCAGAAGUGCGCCUGAGACAUUACAUCUCACAUGUAGAACCCGCCCACGUUAGAUCGGCCGCCUCCCCGAGCGCCUACUCCCCCCAGCUCGCAGGACACGGGAGUUCUAUCAGAUCCAGACGAAAAGAGACAUGGCUGGCAUAUAUUUUUUGUUUGAGACAAGCUGCAACCAGGUCUCUCACCGGCGGUGAAGGACGUUGCAGGGCGGCAAGCAUUGACCAGUCGAUCGCUGUGCGCAUACUAGCUGGCUGA